UGUCAAGGCCAGCUUCCACAAUACUGUAUGCGGCAAUGUCAUACUCAUCAACUACAGUUUCAUCUUCCCCGAUAGAGGGACAGAAGCCGGGGACGAGCGGACUAAGGAAAGCUGUCAAAGUCUACUUGCAAAAAAAUUACACGGAAAAUUUUGUGCAGAGUAUACUGGAAGGGGGGUUAAGUAAAAUAGAGGGUUCGACUCUAGUCAUCGGAGGCGAUGGACGAUACUAUGAAAAGGAGGCAACAUUGCUCAUCAUUAAAAUGUGUGCAGCAAAUGGGGUGUCUAAAGUAAUAGUUGCUCAGAAUGGUUUAAUGUCAACACCAGCAGUAUCCUGUGUCAUUCGUAAAUACAAAACUAAUGGUGGAAUUAUUUUGACUGCAAGUCACAAUCCUGGGGGCCCAGAUGCUGAUUUUGGCAUAAAGUUCAAUACUGAAAAUGGAGGUCCAGCUCCAGAAAAUGUAACAGACAAAAUAUUUGAAAGAACAAAAAGCAUCAGUCAGUACAAGAUUUGUCCCGAUUUGAAUGCUGAUAUCUCCAAAGUUGGUCUUUCUACAUACACUGUUGAUAGUAAAGUGUUCAGUGUUCAGGUCAUAGACUCUGUGUUGGAUUAUGUGGAGUAUAUGAAGGAAAUAUUCGACUUCCCUGCUCUGAAAAACUACCUGUCCACAGGGAAACAAGUGCUUAUUGAUGCAAUGAAUGGAGUUAUGGGUCCAUAUGCCAAGAAGGUGAUCUGUGAGGAGCUUGGGGCCCCACAGAACAGUGUGGUCAACUGCACCCCUCUAGAGGACUUUGGGGGCAAACAUCCCGACCCCAAUCUGACUUAUGCUGCCGACUUAGUGACAGAGAUGGCCAAGGGGCAUUAUGACUUUGGUGCUGCAUUUGAUGGAGAUGGAGACAGGAACAUGAUCCUGGGAAAGAAUGCCUUCUUCGUGACGCCAUCAGAUUCUUUGGCUGUUUUAGCACAUUAUCUAGAAUGUAUUCCAUAUUUCAAAGAGACUGGGGUCAAAGGUUACGCCCGGAGUAUGCCAACAAGUGGAGCAGUAGACAGAGUGGCUAAAGCCAAGAAUCAAACUUGUUUUGAGGUUCCGACAGGAUGGAAAUUCUUUGGAAACUUGAUGGAUGCUGGUCGCCUGUCCCUUUGUGGGGAGGAGAGCUUUGGAACCGGUUCAGACCACAUUCGUGAAAAGGACGGCUUAUGGGCGGUCCUAGCCUGGUUGUCCGUCCUAGCCAAUCAGAACUGCAGUGUGGAGGAAUGCAUAAAAAAGCACUGGCAGAGCUAUGGUCGAAACUUCUAUACAAGGUUUGGCAAGUUCUUCAUAGUGUGA